UAUAAAUCUAUUAAUAUGCUUUCAUGCCUGGGUAGGCAAGUGGAUAUGAUACGACGCGAAGCUUGAUACACAUGUCAACCAAGUUUGCACAAGCAUAGUGUUAAACAAGAACAUCGAGUGGGAAUGGAGUGCAAGAUUCGAACAUGCGAUGCAAACUUUCGAAUGACGAAUCCACGUGACGAAACUACUUUGAAAAUAUUUUGCCAAGUUUCAAAGAAUGCUUGAUUGGAACGUAUUCUACACGGAGUACGGGCUUCGACCUCGGGUAUUGAGGUCUCCUGUACGCGGAAGCAUAUUUUCAAAUCUCCGAAUCGCGUUUGUCGAAGUCGAAUCCGAGCUCUUGUAAAGAAAUUGCUUUCAUCCCAGUAUCCGCGAACUUGUUUUUAAUGUCUACAUAGAUCUCACGUAGCCAACAGAGUCUAUCGUCCCAGAACGGAGGUUCUUUUGAGAAGCCAUUAUUGGCUUCCUUCACCCAACCGUGAAGGUAAUUGAUAUAGGCAGCAUCUCUGGGAUAACCCAGGACAUGAAAUGCCGUGCCAUUUCCAAGCUCUUCCACUUUGCUUUUCUCCCAUGCCUCCAUCUCCUCCACACUGAGCAACGAAAUGUUGUUAGACCAGACCUUCGCCAUCGCUGCACCUUGAGCCUCAGACAAUGGAAAGGGUAUAAUUUUCUGGCCGAGCGCAGAGAAUGCUAGUGUUGGAUGCUUUAUAUGAAAUAUCUGUUGCCACAAUCCGAUCGUUCGUCGACCUGUCGUCACAAGUGGCGGAUCGAGCGACUUCAAAAAUGGAAAGGAGUACAAAUAGCCGGUAGCAUAGAUGACGGCAUCGACAUCCUUCUCGACCCUCCCUCCCUCAAACUUGACAGCUCGUUCUUCGACAAUGUAUUCAAUUAUCUUUGGCACGUCUUCCUUGCUGAUUCCGUCCACUGGUAGCUGAAAGGUAGAUGGACCGUUGAUGGAAUUGAGGAGCGGCUUUUUGGACACCUCGAGAACCUGGUUGCCAAUAUCCAAGCCGGACGCAGCAUUACCUACAACUAUAACUUUCUUGUCCUUGAAACUCUCCGGAGAACGAUAUAUCUUGGAAUGUGAAAUGAUAGAUGGAUAGGCAGAAUUGAAUUUUUCGAUUCCAGAAACUGCAGGGAUCCACGGAACAGAGUAGUGUCCAUUGGCCACCACAAUAGCAUCAUAAUGCUUGCUCAACUUCUUUCCAGUGAUGGUAGAUUUGGCAAUCAGAGUCCAAAGGUCCUGCCCAUUUGUCUCAGAUAGACUUACAUCAUCGACUUGGUACGAAAACAUUAUCAAGUGCCUGAUAUCUUGAGAAUAUUUGACCAGAUAAGCUUGAACAUCUUGCCGUGUUGGGUAGAGUAGAGCGUCAGCCGGAAAUUCUUGGUCUGAAAACUGCAUGAGCGGCUUGGGGAUGUUCGUGUUGAGCUUCUCGUACAUUGGAUUUGAAAAUAUCGGCGCCGGUGAUCCCCUGGGCCAUGAUGGCUUCUCGGAAGGGGCCCACGGUGUGGUUUGAGGAAUGGGGACUCUCUCGACCAGAGAAGGCGUGUAGUUCCAGACUCCUCCUACUUCUGCUUGCUGCUCAUAUACAUCGAUGGUGUCGAAAGCUUUCUCUGCUAGCAAGUACUUGGCAGCUGCAAGCCCUGUCGGACCUGCACCGAUGACAGCAAUGCGCUUGACAUUGAAGGCGACAACUGGCCGUGGUAUAGAUCCCAUCGAAGUCCAGAUGCGGAAGUCUUCUACUGAAGGAUGGGGGUUGGUGCUGCUUUUGAUUGCCCCUGUCUAAGCACUGAUGAUAAGCCGAGAAUGGAAGAGAGUCUGGAGAAGCAAAGGGCACUUUGACUUUUGAGACCCGAAUCCGUAUGAAAUAAAGCUACAUUGAAAUAAGAAAUGGACGAAAGAGAGGACGUCGACGUACGGGAAGAUGAGGUGAUUACUCGUCCUCACGGUGGCGUACGUGGGGCAAACGACGCCGACAACUUGCCGGUAAAUGCGUACCUAGCCUAGACAGCCUUAGAGCUCGACGACAUAGAAUAACGGGGAUGAACUGUGCAUUAAUCACAAGACAAAUAGGCAGGCUACACAGAAGGCCCGCUCCGAAUAAAUGCAACGGAAAAUAGGUAUGUACUCAUUGAUCCAACAUCCAUGUUUUGACAAGCGUUCGCUUGUGGCUGGCUUCGACCUGUACUGGAGCUGCAUUUGCUGAAGAGAACGCUCGGCUACGGUAGCCGCUUCGAGACAAUUUGCAGGCGCGUCAUCUGAAGCUCCAGCAUGCAACCAGCCGCGUUCAUCGUUCUUAACAAACGACAAAGCAAACAAACCAUAGGACAACUCUAUUCUCUUUCACACGGUCGCAGCAAUUACUCGCUCCAGAACACACCAUCAGAGAAUGCCUGCUAUCUUCUCUGCUGGAUAGGUCCAUCUCAUCGAAGGUGAACAUGGCGGGGGAGACGAAUGGAGCCCUUGCGCUCGAAAGCACCGAACACAUUCCUAUCGCACAGCUCAAUCCUGGACUCUCAACGCCUGCUACGACGGCAAUCAGGGCAGUAGUCACUUUGACUUGGCCAUACAGCUCUGCGACGGGGUCUGUGGCCUUUCUGCUCUCUGAACCGGAUUUUCGUUUGCGGCGUACGAGAGGCCAAGUCCGUGUUCGAUUCUCAGGCUCGAGUGCAAAGGCUAUUGCAGCAUCCGGGAUUGCCAGUGGGGACGAGGUUAUUGUAUGUUUGGAUGGGGUGGAGUGGGUGUCCGACGAUGACACAGUACUUACUCCAGGAAGGGGUAUCGAGUAUGAGCUGAGGUUCACUGAGAGAUUAUUAUUGCAGUUCAAGCAAGAAGACUCUGGAGAAAUCAAGAAAAUCAACAUCGACCAUCCGGUUCUAGAAGAACCUGCGGCUACUCCUGCUCCUGCUCCUGCCCGAAUACCGACUCCAGAACCCGAACACCUGAAUCUACCGACGAGCACUCCAUCCGUAAAUCGACCAGCUAUUGGGUCAAAAAUUGGCGACGAAUGGUCGUCUCCAGCCUUUAUCAAGCGUGCGAGAACAUCAUAUGGGUCCCUCUUCGAAAUAGACCCAUUUGCAGAGGACGAUGGCUCGGUGCCGGGAAAAGGAAGGAAGAGAACCCGACUCAGUACGACCUGGAGAUAUACUAGUCGAUCCCCAUCCCCCGAAGUGACGGACCCAGAAGUCGAGUCCAUGGAUACAUCUCCCGAGCCUGCCCAGAAAUCAGCACCUACGAUGGCAGACGAAGGCUGUCAAACUGUCGAUCUCGGCAGCAAUAAUGCAACGGAGGAUGUAGCACAAGCACUAGCAGAUCUUUCGAGGCAGGCGAUAAAUGUUGGGGGUGCAGCGUACCCAGUUGUCAACGGAUUGUCGUCUUUCGGCCAGCAGCAUUCAUUUGUAUCCUUCCUAGAAAAUCGCGCCAGCGAGCCAGCCUUACCUGUGAUGCGGACAGAAGCAAUCACCCACCAGUUCGACGACCAUGAAGUUGAGCCUGAAAUCCCCAAAUCGCCGCGAUUGCAACCCAUACCUUCGGAUGCUCUGUCAUUGGUUUCACCACUCUUGUCAACAAAGAGCAACCUAUUCUCACGGCAGACUGAUGAUGUCCAAGUAGACAGGAGACAGCCAGUGUUUUCUCAUGAUGGAGCGGCCAAUAGCCAGGCAGGAGAGAAGACAGUCGGGCAACCACUGAUAUUGAACAACGAAGUGAUCAUCCAGUCAAACAAGGAAGCUUCUGCCGAUCUUGAAAUUGAGGACAUUUACAGUGCGAGCCCUGCUGGAUAUCUUGAACGACCAGAAUCUGGUGUUCUACGCUUUAACGAGUCUAUGGGCGCCACCGACCACGCGGAGAACUCAAUAAUUGACAGUCAAUUCGCCGCAGAAAAUCAGUACGGCCACUGGCAAAGUGCAGGAGCGCAGCUAAGUAAUGCUGCAUCCCCUUCCCGAAACGAGAUCUUCAUGGAGGGUACCCACGGGGACAGGUUCUAUGAAGGCGAAGUAAUUCACCAAGGAAACGGAGACUCGCUCGCGACUGAUGCUGGAAUGCACCGUACCCCCUAUCCAGAUUUGGACAAUGGUCUAUUAGGACAGGCCCCUUCAGGCUGGCUUGCUAGCUCGGUUGUAUAUCCUGAGCCGUCUGGAUCGACUGAUUAUGCUACUCAAUAUAACCCUCUACCGUCUCAUGCUACUCCAAUGUCACGGUCUCAAAGUGCUCAAUCGGCCGUAGUUGAUUUGACGGAGAGUGACGACGAAGCAGAUCCAGUGUCUCAUUUGCACCAAUCUAGAGACGAGUACGAUGAGUCUGACGAGGGCGGCUCGGCUGAAGGAAGCUCGGCGGAGCAACACAAGGGGAACUUUGCUCAUGACCGACUCGAGGGCGAUGCAGAGGAUGGUGACUUUGAAGAUGAAGAACUUGGGAGUCACCAACCGAUUGCCCGACGAGAAUACGAAGACGAAGAUGAAGAUCCCGAUUCCGGGGCUGAUGGCGAGGGUGAUUUUGAAGAGGAAGAAGAAGAAGAAGAAGAAGGUCAGGGAGUAUAUGCCAAGCCACCUUCUGCAUUUGGGUCGGACGUGGACGACGAAGAAAAUAUUGAGGAUUUGGACCAGGAUGAAGAAGGCAGUUUUGACGAAGAGGAAGAGAGCUACGAUGAAGAAGAGGAAGAAAUGGGCUAUGAUGAGCUUCCAGAGCCUCGAGCACGACAAGAGCCUGAAGUCAUUGAUUUGCUGUCUUCCGAUGAUGAGGACGAAAUGCCAGCAAAAGCUCCUGCUCCGGCUGUAAAUUCUCAUAGAUCCGGUUCAAGUCGGCAUGCAAGCGAUUCUCCAAUGCCUGAUGUCGACACUGGGGACAGUGGGGGCGAAAGCGAGCUUGGGGACGAAGAAAUCCCAUAUUCCGAGCGAGCUGAGAUUAAGACCUCGAUACUUGGUCCGGAAGCAGAGUACUCGUCGUCAGCGUCUGGAGACGAAGUUGAGGCAGAAGGCGAAGAUGAAGACGAAGAUGAAGAUGCUGUGUAUGAAGACGAUAUACCUGAGGACGAAUUACGUCGGGACUCGGCUUCUCCUAAUGACAAAUUGGAUAGCAACAUUGACCCGGAAUUAGACGAUAGUUUGAACGAACACGACAAUGAGGACGAGAAUGAGGAUAUUGUCUCCGAGGAGCCAUCGAUGAUUCUCGCAGGAGACAAGUCCAUGGGUGGAAAUGAAGGCAUGGAAGAUCGCAGCACAGGAAUGGCUGACAUAGACGAGGACAGCAAUCCGGAUGGCGCUGACCGAAUUAGCAUUCCGCCUGAUCCAAAGCCAACCGGUUUGAAUGCUGAUAGUCCCGUGAUGGCGGUCACAACUGACCAGUCCCUUUCCGAUGCAAUACCAGAAAGACCAUCUUUGUUCUCCCGGGUGUUCAGCUUAGACGGAGCGAACGACGAGCCACGUUUUGGAGCAUCAUACCGCUCUAUGUCCAGAGAAGAGGCAGUACUGCCAUCUUCUAUUCGCCUCCAGCAAGUAUUUACCGGAGCUUCGACUGAGCAUGUUAAUGCGCAGCUCCCAACGCCGGAAGAUACUCAGACAUCGCACAAAACCGUGUCCUUGGAAAGUUCUUUCUCCUCGAUGAACGGUACAGAGCAGCCCAUGACUUCUGCUCCUGGUAAUAUGCAUCUCGAUCGACCCGAAAAAGCACUAGUCAUUGGAGAUGAAGCAGAGGAUGCUGCAGAGCCCGGCUUAGUCGUGACUGAACCAUCGCCUAUGCCAGAUGUACAAACUUCCACGACGACCAUUACGACAACCGUGGAAGUGACUAAGGGGACAGAUGAGAUGGGCAAUCUCCAAACUGAAAUCCACGCCGAAAAAGUCACUCGGAUCAACGAAGUUGUUCAGACAAGGGAGAAUACUGGCUGCGAAGAGAGUAUCGAAGAAGAAGAAUCCCAGGAGGCUGUUCAGGUGGAUGGAAAGGCCAGUGGCGCAGACGAGGGUGAGGAUACUACUGUUUUGACUGAAACAGCACAUACUGUCACCAUGGAGGACCAAAUCGUUUCGAGCCACGACAAAAUGCAGUCACCUGAUGACGCUGCCGAUUCGAGGUCACAGCCAGAUAGUGAGCAUGGAAACGAUGCCGCAGACACGUCCGAAAUCCAGGUCGAGAGUCCCAGACGAAGCACGAGGCGCACAAAUCCGACAUUCAAAGCUGCUGCGAACGUGAAGGAGAAUAUCCGUCCAGUAACGCCCAACAAGACUGUAAUCGCAAACGUCCGACAGAGCAGCGUUCCGAUAUCCCCAGCGAAAAUCGAAUCUAGCGUGAAAAACACGAAGGAAAAUGCACGACCAGUCACACCUGCAAAGUCUCGUGUACCACCAUCAGCGAGUUCCGACAAUGACCAGUCCCCUUUGGUGGUAAUUGACAAUCAAGCAACACCAAAAGGUCACGAUGCGAGUCUCGAAUUUGCCCUUGAGUCUUCCGACGCAUCUUCGCCACCUCAGCAUAAUCUUCGAAAGCUCCCAGUCGCUGACCUGAAGCUGAGACUGACGCGAGCCCUUCGGACAGAUUUCAGCGAAUUCACUGGCCUGAAAGUCAUUCGAUUUCACCUCACGCAAAAGUUGGACUUCCUUGCUGUUGCUACAACGACCCCACCGGAACCGCAACGAGCAAAGAAUGGUCCGAGACAAUAUCAAAUCACAUUCAACAUCACAGAUCCAUCCAUAGCACCAAGCAGCGUUACAGAAGUCCAGGUAUUCCGGCCAUACAAAGAUGCUCUGCCAAUUGUCAAAGCAGGCGAUGGUAUCCUUCUCCGAAACUUCUUGGUCAUGUCUGUGCAGAGUCGGGGUGGAGGACCGGCCUUUGCCUUACGUUCGACUCAAGAAGAUGCCAGCAGUUGGGCGGUGUUCAAGGACGAUGAUGAAGUGGAGGUUCGUGGACCUCCCGUAGAGUAUGGAGAGGCAGAGAAGAAUCACGUUUCGCAACUCAGGAACUGGUACGCAAGCUUAGACGGCGUAGCUCAAGCAAAAAUUGCUCGGGCGAAUGGUGAUAAGGGUACUGCUGGAAGGGCGGCGGGGAAAAAGCAUAGCAAGGCGUUGUAAGGCAACUGUAUUUCUAAAAUCGGAAGGAGCAUUUACGGUGUGAGGUAGAUAUUCAUAGCGCCAUGAUGAGGACUUCGUGGCUUUGGCGCAUCGGCAUGCAAGAGACAUGAUGCCUUGCACUUAGGCACAAGUCUGGUGUGUUACUGCAUACAAUUAAUACAAUCUUGACGACCCGAACCAGCAAACCUGAUCGAAAACCAUGACUUCUAUAGCUCCCAUCAAGUGAUUGGCUCCAACCCCGCGACAUCGCAGCUUCAGAAGAAGCCCCUGAUUCCAUUUGUCAGCGAAGGACUGCAUGCCAAGG